AUGAAAAGCGUGAGGAUGAGGGAAUGCCCCUUUAUCGAGUCUUGGAACGAUUUCUUCUUGUGCAUUGCUUUCGCCGUGACCGAGCCGAAGAUCGAGAUCAGUUCGCAAGACUCGGACUCGCUCGCGAUCGCAUUUGUCUACCAGCCGCCGGAAGCUGCGCCGCUGAAGAUCUGUUUUGACCUGUGCAAGGACGUUUCUGCGCAUGAGAAAGACUCCUUCAUCGCUGAGCUGCUUGAUUUUUUGCAGAGAAACACAAACAUCGCGCUCGACAAGGAGGAGAAGGUGGCAAUGAACGCACAGGACGUGACGAGGAAAGAGCAGAAUCAGAAGAGCGUCGCGAGCCCCGUCAAGAAGAAAACCAACGUCAACACAAAGGAGGACGUUGAGAGAUUGAGGUUCAAGAGGAAGAGACGUGUGCCCGGCGCCCCAUCCCUCGUCGAUCAGUCGUGA